CGGGCGCCUCAAACAUGGCCGGACAGCUGCGGAUAUGAUGCUGAGGGUCUUCGUGAGGAAGGAGUACACCGCGCAGCCAUGGCGAGGCUGGCCGACUACUUCAUAGUAGUGGGAUAUGACCACGAGAAGACAGGCACCAAUGAAGGGUUUGGCAAAAUCAUCCAGAGGUUUCCCCUGGCGGAUUGGAGCGAUACCCCCUUCCCACAAGGAAUAGAACUGUUCUGUCAGCCGGCGGGAUGGCAGCUUUCUCGGGAAAGGAAACAGCCGACCUUCUUUGUCGUGGUGUUAACGGACAUCGAUUCGGAUCGCCACUACUGCGCCUGUCUGACGUUUUACGAGGCUGAAAUCAACCUGCAGGGAUCAAAGGGGGAGAACAGCGACGAAGAAGGCGAUGAAUCCGGGUUAAUUCGCCCGGCCCAGGUGUUUGCACCAAAGUGCUUGGUGUUGGUGUCCCGACUGGACUAUCCGGAGAUCUUCAGGGCCUGCCUCGGGUUGAUCUACACGGUUUACGUCGACAGUCUGAAUGUGCCGCUGGAGAAUCUCAUCGCCAACCUGUUGGCUUGCAUCGUCCCGUCGGCCGGCGGGUCUCAGAAAUUGUUCUCCUUGGGGGCAGGCGACCGGCAGCUAAUUCAGACCCCUCUGUGCGAGAGCCUCCCGGUGACCGGCAGCAGCGCAGCUCUUCUCUUCCAGCAGCUCGGAAUCCAAAACGUGCUCAGCCUCUUCUGUGCGGUUUUGACUGAAAACAAAGUCCUUUUCCAUUCCUCCAGUUUCCAGCGGCUGAGCGAUGCGAGCCGAGCGCUGGAAUCCCUCAUGUACCCCCUUAAAUACAGUUACCCGUACAUUCCCAUCCUCCCGGCGCAGCUCCUCGAGGUGCUCAGCUCCCCCACUCCUUUUAUUAUCGGGGUCCAUUCAGUAUUUUGCAGCGAGAUUCACGAUCUGCUAGACGUGAUCAUCGCCGAUUUGGACGGUGGCACAAUUAAAAUUCCCGAAUGCAUCCACUUGUCUCAACUUCCAGAACCUCUUCUCCAGCAGACGGUGGCCGCGCUUUCACACAUCCUGCACCCUGACCUGGAGGUGGCAGAUAAUGCCUUCCCUCCGCUGCGCACCUCGAAGUCUCACGUGAAGAUGCUGGAUAAAGAGGUGCGAGCCGUCUUCCUGCGAUUAUUUGCUCAGAUCUUGCAGGGAUACCGAUCCUGCCUUCAGCUCAUCCGGAUCCACGCAGAACCGGUCAUUCACUUCCACAAGGCCGCCUUCCUGGGUCAGCGAGGGUUGAUUGAGAACGAUUUCCUCACUAAGGUCCUGAAUGGGAUGUCAUUCGCCGGCUUUGUCUCGGAGCGGGGGCCGCCGUACCGAGCCUGCGAUCUCUUCGAUGAGUUGGUCUCCUUUGAAGCUGAGAGAAUAAAGGAUGACGAACAAAGCAGCCCUCGGGAGAUAGUGAGACACGUCAGGGAGCUCGCAGAGCAGCUCUUCAAAAACGAAAACCCAAAUCCUCACAUGGCAUUCCAGAAGGUUCCGAAACCAACGGAGGGGUCUCACUUGCGCGUCCACGUGCUCCCGUUCCCAAAGGUUAAUGAGCCCCGGGUGCAGGAGCUUCUCCAAGAGGCGCUCAAUAAAAGCCAGAACGCCUCGCUCGCCAACCGGAUAGACAAGAAAUGCGUGGUCCCGGCCGGGUCGCCCGUUGUUUCCAUCGUGGACAAACAGAGUUGUGUUUUUAACAGCGCGCGGCGGCUGGAGGUCGUCCGGAACUGCAUCGCGUGUGUCUUCGAGAACAAAAUCCUGGAGACGGAGAAGACUUUGCCGGCUGCCCUGCGAGCUCUGAAAGGAAAGGCGGCCCGGCAGUGCCUGACGGAGGAGCUCGGGCUGCACGUCCAACAGAACCGCGCCAUUCUCAGCCACGCGCAGUUUGAUUACGUCGUGCGCAUGAUGAACUGCGCGCUGCAGGACUGUUCGAGUUCCGAGGAGUACAGCAUCGCUGCUCAGCUGCUCCCGCUCGCCACGGCCUUUUGUAGGAAGCUGUCGCCCGGCGUCAGUCAGUUCGCCUACACCUGCAUCCAGGACCACGCCAUCUGGACAAAUCAACAGUUCUGGGAGACGACGUUUUACAACGACGUCCAAAGUCAAGUGCGCUCCUUGUAUCUGACGACAAAAGAGAACAGCCAAGGAACGAACGGAGGCGAGGUCCAGAAGCAGGAGAUCACAGUAAUGGAUCUCGCGGCCGAGCAGUUGCGUUUGUGGCCGACGCGCAAUAAGCAGACGCAGCAGGAACUCGUUCAAAACGAGGAGAGCACGGUCUUCAGCCAGGCCAUCCACUUCUCCAACCUCAUGGUCUAUCUUCUGGUUCCGCUGGACACGAGCAAGAACAAACUCCUGCGGGCAUCGGCCCCCGGGGACUGGGAGAGCGGGAGCAACAGCAUCGUUACCAACAGCAUCGCCGGGAGCGUCGCCGAGAGCUACGACACCGAGAGUGGGUUUGAGGACUCGGAAAACGACGUCACGAAUUCCGUUGUGAGAUUCGUCACCAGAUUUAUCGACAAAGUUUGCACCGAGAGCGGCGUGACCCAGGAACACAUCAAAAGCCUGCACUGUAUGAUCCCCGGUAUUGUUGCCAUGCACAUAGAAACGUUGGAGACUGUUCACCGGGAAAGUCGGAGGCUGCCGCCAAUCAAAAAGCCCAAAAUCCUGAGGCCGGCUUUGCUGCCCGGCGAGGAGUUAGUAUGCGAGGCCCUGCGUGUCCUGCUCGAUCCAGAUGGGAGAGAAGAGGCGACCGGCGGGGCGCUUGGAGGACCUCACAUCUUACCAGCAGAGGGCGCACUCUUCCUCACCACUUACAGGAUCAUCUUCAAAGGCGCUCCCCACGACCCGCUCGUGGGAGAACAGAGCGUCAUCCGCAGCGUCCCCAUCGCGUCCAUCACCAGAGAGAAGAAGAUUAACAUCCAGAACCACCUGCAGCAGAACAUGCAGGAGGGACUGCAGAUCCGCUCCGCCACGUUUCAGUUAAUUAAGGUGGCGUUUGACGAAGAGGUCAGCCCCGAGAUGGUGGAUCUGUUUAAGAAGCAGCUCGUGAAAUUCCGAUACCCGCUGUCCAUCUUCAGCGUUUUUGCUUUUGCCGCCGGACAGACAGCGCCUCCGAUAAUCCUCCCAAAGCAGAAGGAGAAGAACACGUCGUUUCGGACCAUCUCAAAAACAAUUGUUAAAAAUGCCAAACGGGCUAGCAAAAUGACUAUUGGGCGUCAGUACGCCGCCAAGAAGAAGACCAGCACAAUAUUAGAGGAGCGAGGCAGCCGCGGAGGAAACGAGGAUGAUGAUAUUUCAGUGUCAGACGAUAACGAGCUGCCCAGCGGGACGCUGAAAUCCUCCGAGAAGUCCACAAUGGAGCAGCUGGUGGAGAGGGCCUGCUUCCGCGAUUACCAGCGCUUGGCCCUGGGAACCAUCAGCAACAGCUCCACGCGCCUGAAGUCGGAGCACUUCCGGAUCACGGCGAUGAACAGGAUGCACUCCCUCUGCCGAAGUUACCCCGGGCUUUUGGUCGUACCUCAGUCCGUCCAGGACAGCAGUCUUCCGAAGGUGGCUCGAUGUUAUCGUCACAACAGACUUCCGGUUGUGUCCUGGAAAAAUCCCAAAACCAAUGCGAUCUUGCUUCGUUCUGGAGGCUUCCACGGGAAGACGGUGGUCGGGCUUUUCAAAUCACAGAACGUGCACAAUGCUGGUCAAGCGUCCUCCAUGGAGUCCUCAAGCAGCAUCGAGCAGGAGAAGUACCUCCAAGCCUUACUCAAUGCCAUUUCCGUGCACGGUAAGGUGAAUGGGACCGGUACCCUGACGAUCCGGCCGACCCUCGCUCUGUCACCAGGCAGUGAGAGAAAGACGUCGAGAAUGUCCGGUAUGGUAAAACACGUUGUCCCGAGCCAUUUGGACGGCAAUUUGUCCAAUAGCUUUACCCGCGGAGGAGUCUGGGCGAGUCUUCGCUCGAGCAAUCGCCUGAUCAGCACCAACACUCCGCUCAUUGACAUCGGCACUCGAGUGCCCGGGAAGGACCAGUCCGCUCUGUACAGCGACGGCUCCAGCCUGCAGAGCCAACUCCUGAAACGCCAGGCCGCCCUCUACGUCUUCGGGGAAAAGUCGCAGCUAAGGGGGUUUAAGUGCGACUUUGCGUUAAACUGCGAGUUUGUCCCCGUGGAGUUCGGAGACGUCCGGCAGGUGAAGGCCAGUUUCAAGAAGCUGAUGAGAGCCUGCGUACCGAGCAGCGCGGCCGCCGACUCCGAUCUCACCUUCCUCAAAUCCCUGGGCGAGUCCGAGUGGUUCCUGCAGAUUCACAGGAUAAUCCAGCUGUCGGCGAUCGUAUCGGAGCUCAUGGAGAGCGGCUCGUCGGUCAUGGUCUGUUUAGAGGACGGAUGGGAUAUCACGACGCAGGUGGUAUCGCUGGUGCAGCUUCUCGGGGAUCCCUUUUACCGGACGCUGGACGGGUUCCGCAUGCUGGUGGAGAAGGAAUGGCUUUCCUUCGGCCAUAAAUUCAGCCAGCGGAGUAACCUGUCCCUCAGCAGCCAGGGCAGCGGAUUCGUGCCCAUAUUCCUGCAGUUUCUGGACUGCGUCCAUCAGGUACACAGUCAGUACCCCACCGAGUUCGAGUUUAAUCCGUAUUAUCUGAAGUUCCUGGCGUUCCAUCACGUUUCCAAUCGCUUCAAGACCUUCCUGUUGGAUUCGGAUUACGAGAGGCUGGAGCACGGAACGUUAUUCGAGGAUAAGGGAGAGAAGCACAGCAGGAGAGGGCUGUGUAUUUGGGAUUGCAUCGAGCGAAUGCACCGAAGGAGCCCCGUCUUCUUUAAUUACUUGUUUGCGCCGACAGAAGUGGAGGCGUUAAAACCAAAUGCCAACAUCUCCGCUCUGAGGAGGUGGGAAUACUACAUGGAAGAGACCCUGGCCUCUGGUCCGUCCUACGACUGGGUGUUGGUCCCUUCAAAGCUCAACACAAACGAGGAGCCCGAAGAAGCCGUCCAUCCCGGGAAGAGGAAGAUCGUGUGGCCGUGUUAUGACGAUGUGGCCAAAGUGCAGCCGGACGCCAUCACUCAUCUUCUGAAUGAAAUCGAGAGGUUGGAGAACAAAUUAAAUCAGAGUUCAGAGCGAUGGCAGCUCCUGUGGGAACGGACGAAACUCAAACUCAAGGAGGAUGCGAAAAAGGAAGAGAGGAAUCCCACCAGCCUAACGUCCGCCAACCUGCAUUCCCACCAGAAGAGGCCCAUGGUGCAUCUCCCCGACAGCGGCUUAGGCGAUGAACAGAACGUCAGCUCUUCUCCCUCUAAUGGAGUCGAUGGGAGAUCAGCCACAUUAUACAAUCACUUUACCUCCAAAAACGAGGAGAACAGGUCCUUCGAAGGCGUUCUGUACAAGAGAGGAGCUUUGCUGAAAGGCUGGAAGCCGCGCUGGUUCGUUUUGGACAUCACCAAGCACCAGCUGCGUUACUACGAUUCUGGCGAAGACACGAGCUGUAAGGGACACAUCGACCUGGCGGACGUGGAGACCGUCGUCCCGGCCGCGCCGACCAUCGGGGUGCCCAAGCACGCCAGCGAGAAGGCGUUCUUUGAUGUAAAAACCAGUAAGCGAGUGUAUAACUUCUGUGCUCAGGAUGCCCAGAGUGCCCAGCAGUGGAUGGACAAGAUACAGAGCUGCAUUUCAGACGCGUAGAGACGCCCUGGAAUCUCGCCCGGCGCCGGUAUUCAUAGGAAAGACGGCGAUUUAGACUCCUCGUCGUUAAAGUGCCCGUUUAUUUCAGGUAACUCGCGCCCCCCGCAGAGCUGAGUGAGGACGUUCAGCUACACUGGGCGGCCGUGCCCCGCGCGGAGGACUGCGAUGCCUUUAAUGCCACUCUGAGGAGACUUGUUACCCCCGGCGGGGUUGUUAUGACGAGGCGCUCUUCCUGGAAU